AUGUACAUCCCCAUUUCAGUGAAAGAAAAUCAUCUCAUGGCCAAACUCGGUGAAUGGCUGCCUCGUAACGUUAGCUGCAUCCAUGACUACGUGGGCCGUAGAACUGAGGGCAUUCAGCUGAAAGUGAGCAAGCAGCCUAUGCAAGAGCCGCUCGCGGGUGGAACGCUGAAACAGAUCACCAAGCAGGAUCGAGCACGAUACCAAUAG